CGGGCUGAGGGUGCUGUGGCCCUGAUGGGCGCGGGGGGGGGAUGCGGAGUGACUCUGGAUCCGGUGAUUCCUGACUCUGGCGAAGGCCGGGGCCGAGGGGCCUGGGCGGGUUGUGAGAGAAAAAGGGAAGGUUUUUCUUCGGACCUUCCGUGAAACGCCUUUAAUGCCCGGUUGCACCUUGAGAGUUCAAAUAUAAGCCAGUUUCAUUUAGAUGCAUCUUUGGUUUUGUGUUUUUUUUGCCCCCCCUGAGGCUGAGCACCACUAGUCAAGUGCAUGACUGUCCUAGAUAUUGGCUUAUUUUCACUACAUCAUGGAGAAGAAAAAGUGAUGCAUGUGAUUUAAAAAAAAAAAAGGUGUUGUAUUGAGGUGACUUUCUCAUGUGGAAUUUACCAACCGAUGUUAGCUCAGUGCAUGAACAGCGGUGGAGUUGACUAAAAAGCAAAGUAAAGGAGAGAGCGCUUUAUGGAAUUCCAAGAAGGGAUCAUGGACCAGCCCAGCGGAAGGAGUUUCAUGCAAGUUCUUUGUGAGAAAUACAGCCCCGAGAACUUCCCAUAUCGUCGAGGUCCUGGAAUGGGGGUGCAUGUCCCAGCAACGCCACAGGGAUCACCUAUGAAAGAUCGCCUCAACCUUCCAAGUGUGUUGGUGUUGAACAGCUGUGGAAUAACCUGCGCAGGAGAGGAGAAUGAAAUUGCUGCCUUCUGUGCUCAUGUGUCUGAGCUGGAUCUCUCUGACAACAAACUUGACAGCUGGCAUGAGGUCAGUAAAAUUGUGUCAAAUGUUCCUCACUUGGAGUUUCUAAACCUGAGUUCCAACCCUCUGAAUUUGUCAGUUUUAGAGAGAACAUGUGCUGGAUCUUUCGCUGGUGUUCGCAAACUGGUGCUAAACAACAGCAAAGCUUCCUGGGAAACAGUCCAUACAAUACUGCAGGAAUUACCAGACUUGGAGGAGCUCUUCCUGUGCCUUAACGACUAUGAAACAGUGUCUUGUUCUCCAGUUUGCUGUCAGUCUCUCAAAUUACUCCACAUAACUGACAAUAAUCUUCAAGACUGGACUGAAAUUCGAAAGCUCGGAAUUAUGUUUCCAUCGCUGGACACGCUUGUCCUGGCCAACAAUCACCUGACAACCAUUGAAGAAUCAAAUGAUUCUUUGGCAAGGCUGUUCCCUAACCUGCGAUCCGUCAGCUUGCACAGAUCAGGUCUGCAUUGCUGGGAAGACAUUGACAAACUAAACUCUUUCCCCAAGCUCGAGGAAGUGAGACUGCUAGGAAUCCCUCUUCUGCAGUCCUACACCACCGAAGAGCGGAGGAAGCUGUUAAUAGCCAGAUUGCCGUCUAUCAUCAAGCUUAAUGGGAGUGUCAUUACCGAUGGGGAGCGAGAGGACUCUGAGCGAUUCUUCAUUCGGUAUUACCUGGACUUCCCGCCAGAGGAAGUCCCAUUCAGGUAUCAUGAGCUAGUAACAAAAUACGGAAAGCUGGAACCUUUAGCAGUAGUGGAUCUUCGGCCCCGGAGCAGCGCGAAGGUUGAAGUUCACUUCAAAGAUAAGGUGGAGGAAAUAUCCAUCCGUCUAGAUCAGACGGUGGCAGAAUUAAAGAAACAAUUAAAAACUGUAGUGCAUUUGUCAACAAGCAACAUGUUGCUCUACUACUUUGACCAUGAAGCUCCCUUUGGUCCCGAGGAGAUGAAAUACAACUCACGGGCAUUACAUUCUUAUGGUAUUCAGGAUGGAGACAAAUUUUUUGUGGAGCCCAAAUCUAAAUAACCUCUUCUGGCUUUGUGCAUUCACACCAACACACACACACACACAAAGUUAAAGACUUUUUGCAGGGUUUUUAGGUUGGUUGUUGGGUUGAGGUUUGGUUUUGUUUUGUUUUGUUUUUAUACCAGUUGACUUCUUAGCCCAGGUAGUGUGCCCAAAUCUGCAAGAGACAUGCCACCAUCUGAUGCGAAUGAACUUAAGAGGAGAUAACUGACUUCAGUGUGUGUGUGUGUGUGUGUGUGUGUGUGUGUGUGUUUCAGGAUGUCUGAUACCUUGAUGUUCUCGUUACUCUUCCGGUAUACUCGUGAAUUUAGCAUGAAUGGUCAGCUCUUCAAGCUAAGAGGGGUAUUAUGGUCCAUCAGUAAGGGAGUCAGAGCUCAGUGCAGAAUUUGGUCAGUACUUCUGUUAGAUUAAAGAUUUGACUCAGCACUUGUCCACCCAGUUAUUUGACUCCGGCUAUAAAUAGCUGAAUUGCUGUUUAUCCAGCCAAGUGAUGUCUCUAAAUUUUUGUUGUUGUUGAGGUUAGUGAAAGGAUUUUAAGCAGUAUUCAGCCUGAUUUAGAACUCAGGUAUUCAGAGCAUCCUAAACUACACUUCGUUUGCAAGAGUAAAUAAAAUGGGAGUGAGAAAAUGUACAAAUAUAAAAUAAUCUUUUACUCCCAAAACUCACUAUCUAGAGAUCUCGUGCAAACUGUUCAACUUCACUAGACUUCUGGCAUUAUGUGUAGUCGAGUGACACGUCUGAUGUUACUAAAGGUUGGAAUUAACAGUAUUUUGGCCAAAUAGGUUUAUAUGCUAAUUUGCAGAAAACUCUGGCUGUUCUUGGAUGGGUUUUGUGUCAACUGGGAAUCCAAAUUAACAGCACAACAGUAUGCUGAACAGCAUAGUGGAGUUGCUUUGAAUGUCCUUUCCCUAUUGCCUGCAAGAUCCACUAAUAAGCACUUACCCUUUGGCCAGUUUGUGUUGAGAGUAGAAAGGACUUUGUCAGGAGAAUGAUUUUAGUCUAUUCCUUAGUAUAAAGUCCUAUUUCUUACUCUUGCUCCAGGAACCUAUCCUAAUCUAGCACUUUUCCCCCUACCAUUUGAAUGUGGACCCUCUGUUUAAGAUAGGUAUCAGUUUUGCUUACAUCAGUUUGUAGAAGGUGAGUAGAUGAGAAACCACUCGCAUUUAUCGUAAAGCAGAUGUUCAUGAUCCAGAUUCACUCCCCCGUGUCCUCCACCAAACUCUCCGUGGGCAUAGUGUGCUGAUUUUAAAUAGGCCCUUUUUUUUCCUUUAGAGCUGGGUCACUUUCUUAUGAUCCUGCUGUGAAAUCCUCAGCCCUUUUCUGUAUCUCUUGUAAAUCACACAGCUGUUUCCCUUCACAGUGCCCUCCCUUGUUCCUCUGUCACCUUGACAAGUUGAAGACUUUACACUGACUUAAGCAACUACAUUUUUAAAAAAUGUUUUUCAAGCAGUGGAGUCAGGGAUCUAGUUACGUAUGAACUUCUGACCUUCGUUCUUUAACAUCCUCUCCCUUCCCGGGCACUUUCUUUCUCAUGAUGCUUUUGUCUGAGUUUACUGAACUCCUUUAUAUUCUUGGAGUUGUGUAUUCUCUUCAUAUUUUACCUGGAUUGUCCAGGGAGGAAUAUAAUCUCAUACUCUUCAGAUUCAGUAUCUAGGAACUAUUCAGCUGAGAGUGGUUCCACAUCUAGGGUAAACGUGGAAAUAAGAGGAUUCAAGAGAGGUUAAUUAUUUGUGCCUGGUCUUCUGUUGUAAGAAUUGAUCUCCUGGGAACAUCAAGAAGAGCAAUAUAAAACAGACCAAGGCUUGCAUGUAUAACAUGGAAUCCACAUGACCUGACUUGAUCCAAUAAGAAUAAAGAACCAUGAAAUGGUGACAGUGUAAUAUGAAGUUUUACUUUUAAGGACUCUUGUUGCAGAAUGUACUUUAUAAGCUGUAGCAUAACUGAGGAUGUAUUUGCUGCCCAUUUGGGCAGAAAAUGCAUUUGCUGCCCUGCAAUGGAACGCCAAGCCAACACAUGUAUGAUAUAUACAUACAUACACAUAGAGGAAGUUGUGUUUAAUAAGAUAUUUUAUUAUAAAACAAAGUUUUAUGAAGAUAUGGUUGUUUAAUAUUAGAAGCUUAUUUCUCCUGUUGACCUACUGUAUGAGUAUGUUGCCCAUCAGUCAUAAGCUUGUGCAGGUUAUGUGACUGAUGCAGAUAUAAAGGAAUAUCUGAUCUAAUUCUAUAGAACGGUAAUCACCUAUCUUGGGUAUAUUUAUGGCAUUGUAACUGGUAUUAACGAGACACUGUUAAUUAUUGACCAACUGUUUUAGCACAAUUAAAUAACUUGGUUUUAGAGAAGGAAAUAAAGUCAAUUAAAGCAUUUGAUGAGAUCUUACCAAAGGCCAAGUAUGUGCUUGUAAGUUUGUUUGCCUGUGAAAAGUUUUGAUUAUAUCCAGAAACAAAAUUGGUGCUGUCGCCAUGUUGGCUCUGAACAACAGUUAAAUGUUAUUUUUAUGAUGUACCUGGUAGGAAUGGGAAAACUGAGUAGAAAAACAAGGGUUUUUAAUGAACAAGGAUAACGCCCUCUUCACAGCUAUCUGAGAUUUAGCACUAUCGUAUAAACCAGAUCAAUGAUCCACCCAGGUUUGCGAAAGCCACAGCACAGACACUGCAGUUUCUCCACUCUAGGGAACAGGCUGUCUCUAGCCAGUAUUAUAGAACCAUUCACAAUCUGUCCAGCCAGCAGAAUAUGCAUUUUGUAGAAAACCUUCAGUAGACUUCAGCUGUGUAAGAAAAAAGGCCAUGCCAAAAAAGAAAUGUUUUACACAUCCAGAUGCUCCGCCCUGGAAUGUGGGGGGGGGGCGGGAAUUGCACAAAAUUCAAAAUGUUCAAAAUUGGAUCAUCUUCCAAUUUUAUUGCCCAUUGGAAAUUGGGUCCUAUUUUUGCACAAUAUUCCCAUUUAAAAUCGGGCUGCUUUUGAGCAAUUUCAUAGAAUUUUGGAAGCCUAAAAUUGUAAGGGAAUAAAAUUGCAGAAAUUUUCACCUAAUUCUAGUUAAUGCCUAAUAGUCCAGAAUGCCAGAAUGCUCUGUAUUUGUAGACAUUCCCAGUUCAAUAUAUGGUCCAGAGUUGUGUUUAUUUAAAAAAAACCCCAACCUUAAUAGCUACUGCUCCUCCUGUGUCCUUUAACCAAGUGCUAUUCUUGCCAGCUAUUGUUUCGUUAUUGAUGUUACUUCAUACAUAUAAGCCUCCCCUGGGUACUUUACAUAGAGUGGAUUUUCUGACUACCUAGUUUACAGGGAACUAGGUGAGAAUUACAAAUCAGAACAUUACACAGCUUUUUAUAAUGAGGUUAAAUGCUGUGACAUUUUGCUUUCUGAUUUGUCUCUUGAUUAUCCACGAUGUGACCAGAUGGUACAGCUAGACUGCUUAAAACCAGCAAAUUUAUGGGACGUACAGUUGUAACAAAGGAUGCAUCCAUGUGUGUAUGUUAGAAACUGCUGUUAACCCUCAUGGUAGUUAAGUAUGUACUCUGGGUGGACAGUUAAGCCUAGCAUACAGCACGAUCUUGGGAAACCACUAACAAAUGUAAUCAUAGGCCUGGUCUACACUUAAAAAUUAGAUUGACCUAGCUACAUUGCUCAGGGCUGUGAACAAUUUCCCACCCUGAGUGCCUUUUUGCCUAACCGCCAGUGUAGAUGCAGCUGGGUCGACAGACAAGUUCUUCUGUCAACCUAACACGGCCUCUCAGGUGGCUUAACUACAUUGAUGGAAAAACCCCUUCCUUCAACGUAUGUAGUAUAGACCUACCCAUAGUCUUUGCUCUACAGUGUGACCGGUUUCUUUGCCUGCAGUCGAUUGGACCCUAAAGAUUCCAAGCAUAGAUCCCAAGUACAAAAUUGUUCCUCCAUCAGUUGCCAUUUGUGCUUGUAAAUGACAUGCUUUUAGUUUUGUCCGUGUACAGAUUUGAAAAUGCAAAGCAUCCCAGAAGCUGUAGUGUGUAUUCUCAGCACACGUGCCAUCAUAAUUUGACUGUUUGUGUUUUUUUGUAGAUGUUCAAGCAGACUCCCUCCCCAUUAUAUGGGGGAGGUAGUCAGCCAUUUCUCAACCUUCUGCCUCACUGAUUUGUCUCCUGAAGUUACUGGAAAUUCUUUUGUUUUUCCUUUUUUGAAUAUAAUUUAAAUGUGAAGGUCUAUUCUUUGCACUGUUUAUAAAUCUGUGUAAUCUUUAGCAAGAAAAAAUAUGCUCCAAGCCUCCCUUUUCUCCUGUGUUCUGGUUUCUCUCCUGGGUACUGGAGUCAGGGGGAAUAUGCUUCCUGCUCCAAAAUCUGCUUUUGGUUCAAUGGCAGAGUUUGCUGAGGAACUCGCAUCAAUUAGGUAAUUGGUUUGAUCAUUUAUCUUAUCUGAACUUUUGCGCACACAAAAAAAGUGUCCAGGGGGUUUCUUGACCACUUUCUCAUUUGUUUCUUAUAGCAAAACUUCUGCACCCCCACCCCAUGCAUACUUUCCCCUCUGCCUUUGAACAUCAAUUCCUUGGUGCAAUAAAUAUCUGUUAAGGCAGCUUGUCUCGAAAAGCUAAUGCACAUUGUCUUGCUCCUGAAAGAUUCCUAUUGUUGAGACUGGUUGAAAGUGAUUUUGAAUUGUCAGUGCUCAGUGUUCCCAUGCCAUUAUCUUAAGCACAGGUACAAAGUCAACAGGAGCCCACAGCUUUAGCACUGGAUUUUGAAAAGCUUUUAGUGUUGACCUAAUUCUGCUCCCAUUAAAGUCAAUGGUAACACUCCCAUAGACUUCAGUGAGAGCAGAGUUGGGCCAAUGCGAAGUGCUUUGGAAAAACUACCCUUAAGCUCUUCAUCCCUUUUUCCUCCCUGCAUCCACCAAGCUCCAAGCACCUAUGCAAAAUAAUUUAUUACUUCAAU